UAAAGCGCUGGCUGGGCUGCGAGCGCAGUCUGCUGGAUACUAGAAUAGAAGAGAGGGAAAGAGCGAAAGAGGCGCGUGAAUCUCUGCGGUGCAGAGCUGGAAAAUCUGCUUCUAAGCGAAAAUCAGACUCCCUAUUUAAUCUGCUCACUUGCUGUUUUCAUUUUUUCCUGGAGAAAAAGAGGACUUAUCAAGAAGUUGCAACAAGGACUGGUGCCCAUCUCUGCGAGCAAACUUGGUGUUUCAUGCUACAGCAAGUCAGUGCGCAGCGCUGGAUGAACCAAAAGAACUAUUGCAUGAAACAAGAAAGGAGAGAAGAGACGCUGAUUCACAAGUCCGUUUUGGCGACGCUCGCAAGCUCCUUUGCGUACCUGCAAAAGAGUCGCGACGGCAGCAUGAGCGCAGAGCUGAGCAUUGGCCCGGAGCUACCCAGCAGCCCUCUGGCUCUGGAAUAUGUCAACGAUUUUGACCUGAUGAAGUUUGACGUCAAGAAGGAGGGUUUGGCUGGGCUGGAACGCGGGGGAGUGCGUCAGUGCAACCGCCUCCAACCGCAAGGCUCUGUGUCGUCCACGCCAAUCAGCACGCCCUGCAGCUCGGUGCCGUCGUCGCCCAGCUUCAGCCCCACGGAGCAAAAGAACCACCUGGAGGAGUUGUACUGGCUGCCCAGCGGGGGCUACCACCAGCAGAUGGACCCGCAGACCCUCAGCCUGACCCCCGAGGACGCAGUGGAGGCCCUGAUCGGAGCCACGAACCACGGCCACCCUCCGCCUCCGCACGUCCAGCAGCAGCUGCAGCAGCAACAGCAGCAGCAGCAAGGCGCUUUCGAAGGCUACAGGGGUCCACAUCACCACCACAGCCACCACGGCCACGGGCAUGGGCACGGCCAACAACACCACCACCCGUACGCGGGGGGCAUGGGCCACCACGCCGAUGAGCUCUCCGCUCACCCGGGAGCGCACGGCCACCCGCACGGCCAGCAUCACCAUCACAGCAACAACAUCCAGGAUCCCGACAGCCCGUCCCCGGUGUCCCCAGAGGCCCACCCGACGCUCCACCACCACCGCCACCAUCACCACCAUCACCACCACCCGCACGGCCACUUGGGCCAGUCGGCGGCGCACCACGGCUCCGCGGGUGGGGGCGGCGGGCUGAGCGUGGAGGAGCGCUUCUCGGACGACCAGCUGGUGUCCAUGUCGGUGCGGGAGCUCAACAGACACCUGCGUGGCUUCACCAAGGACGAAGUCAUCCGUCUCAAGCAGAAGCGCAGGACCCUGAAGAAUCGCGGCUACGCGCAGUCGUGCAGGUUCAAGCGGGUGCAGCAGAAGCACGUGCUGGAGAACGAGAAGACGCAGCUGAUGAACCAAGUGGAGCAGCUCAAGGCGGAAAUCAGCCGCUUGGCCAGGGAGAGGGACGCCUACAAACUAAAGUGCGAAAAACUCGCCGGGUCGGGCUCGGGACCCAGCGGCGGAUUCCGCGAGGCGGGCUCGACAAGCGACAACCCCUCCUCGCCAGAGUUCUUCAUGUGAGUUUUUUUUUUUUUAGAGACAGCAUCCACCUUGAACACAAAUUGACUGAUGGCAACCCACAAGAAACUGUUUAGGACUCUGGGCGACAAUUAUUUCCACGAUAGAAGAUCCACAUGUAAUCACGUGGCCAUCCAAGCGUCCAAUUAAGUGUCGCGGCGGGGUCUAUUUGUACACUAGAUGACUUGCGCGUUGAAAACACUUUUCAAUUCCCUCCUCUGAGAAAAACGUCGCCUGAUGAACUUUAGCCCACCUUGGGGCUUUUACCACAUAAUCUUGCUACUAAAUAGCGGAGCAGACUCUGCAAAGAGGCCUGGCGUCUAGAAUCUUCUCCAAAAUGGAAGGGGAAAAAAAAAAUCAAACACAAGCAAGACUCCUUUAUGCAAAUCUGUCGACUAACCCGUCACCCGGGAGGACAUUUUAUGCAACAUCUCAUUGAUUUCUUGCCUGCUUGGUUAUUAUAUUCCAAUAUAUAGAGAAACAAACAAAAACAUACAUUAAAUAUUAAUCCUGCAUGCUGGACAUGUAUGGUAAUAAUUUCUAUUUUGUACUUUCAUCAUCUCGUGUAUAUUAAUAAGAGCAUGUUGUUGAUCUGCGCUUCUCCAUAUGGGUUUUGGGGACGGUUCGAGAAAUGGAGCGGGGACAGAACAGCAGGACUGCCUGUGCAGUAUCAUAUAGCGUCAUAUGCUCGCGGCUGGGGCGGCGGGGUGGGGGUGGGACGUUAUUUGGGCUUGUAAAUAUUACGCAACCGCAAAACUGCACAAGAUCGAGGAGGCUGGUUUGAACUUCUUUCUUUCUUUGUGUUACGUUUCUCAUUUAUAUAUUUUGUUAUCGUUUCUCAUUUGCGGGACUGACUGAGAGAGGAGUGCACUUUUGUUCCAUGUUUGUCUGUUGAAUUGAAAAAAACAAAACAACAGCAAACUUUAUGGCAAGUGCGCUUUUGGAUGAUUAUCUUUUUUUGUUGAUGUUGUUCAUGUUGCAAGUUUUCAUUUUGACAUUUGCACAUACCCCCUUCCAGGAAAACAUUAUGAUGCUUCAGGAGUGAAGUGCAAAAAUAAAUAUUAACGGGAGGUUAAGAUGAGUUUUUAUGGGGGCGGGGGAUGGGGCUGACGGAGAUUACGCAAUUAUCUAUUCACUCAAUAACAAACACUCUGGGUGAAAAAUUUGAACAGGCUUGAUUUAAAAUUCCAGGUAAUAUUUUAACCCCUUUCCCCAAAAUAAAAACUGUUUUUAAAUUACAAAACGGAAUGAAACAAAACAAUCAUUUCUGAUUGACAGCCACCUGUAGCAUCAUUAGUGCACUAAAGAUUUAUAUUUUACAUAUAAGCAAUUUGUUGUGAUGGAGUUUGGCAUUUAGUGCAGUGUUUUCCUGAUUUUUUUUUUCUGCAGGACAGUGAAAAAAGGGGAAACAGGUGGUGCAAAUGCUCAAAAUGAAAAUAUUUUAUAUGUGCUGAUUUUGUUGUCUUAUUAUUUGAUGAUUCUGGUUCUGCUGGCCAGAUGCAUAGUUACAUAAAGUUUUUAUUUUAAUGAUUUAAAUUAACAGACUGUCAGAUCAUAUCGAAUAAGCAUGGUGCUUGCAUUUGAAAGUGUUGUUGAAAAGUCAUGCAUUUAUCAAUCUUUGGUUUUCUUGAUUCAACUGUGUUGAAAUCGAACUGAAACUGCAGCAGCGGGUUGUUGUUUUGUUUUCAGCAUUUCCAUGUACGUUGUCAUGUUGGGGAUCAGUUUUCAAUCCUGUUUAUAUGAAUAACACUUAAAAUUGAACUGUUCCAUUCAGACUGGUUUCUGUUUUGUCUUAUUUUGGGGAUUGUGUUCGGAAGAAAUUGUUUCCUAUUUUGCUUAUUAAAGUCAUUGAAAUGGCAACAA